AUGAACAGCAUCAAAAUCACAAGUGAUUUGAACUACAGUUUAUUACAAAAUGCAUCAUUUGUGCGUCCAGAGUACUUUUUCAUCAGUGGAUUUUCUGGGCUACCUUUCAGCCAAUACUACUUUGCUUUUUUAAUUUUUAUGUAUAUUAUCUCAUUGUGCGGGAACUCGGUUGUCCUUUUAAUGAUAUUAGUUGAUCGAAGUCUGCAUAUUCCUAAAUACAUGGGAAUCUUUAAUUUAGCUCUGUCAGACUUUGGUGAAACAAAUGCACUGAUUCCUAGCCUUGUGAAGACUUUUCUUUUUAAUUCACAGUACAUAUCCUAUGAGGCGUGUUUGGCUAACAUGUUUUUUACUUUUUUCUUUGCUGGUGGACAGUCUUUAACUCUUGUUGCCAUGGCGUGUGAUCGCUUUAUUGCCAUUUGCUUACCCCUGAGAUACCAUGCUAUUGUGAAUAACUCCUUCAUGUUUGCAACUUUAACAGCAAUAUGGUUAUUUAAUGUUGUUAUAAUUGGCACAAUGGUGGUUUUGAUUACACGACUUUCAUUCUGUAAAACCAAUGAGGUAAAGAGCUUUUUUUGUGACCAUGGGCCAAUUUAUACGAUUGCUUGUAAUGACAACAGCAUAAAUUCCUUCAUGGCAAAAUUAUGUAUUGCAGUAUACCUGUAUGCACCAUUGACUGCCAUAGUCUUAUCAUACGUAGGCAUUCUGUUGGCCUUAACUAAGAUUACAACAUGGGAGGGUCGUCUUAAAGCACUCAAAACCUGCAUCUCUCAUCUGUUGAUAGUGUGUACAUUUUUCAUUCCUGUAUCAAGUAUGUAUAUUGCUGCGGUAAUGUUGCCUCUCCAUCCUAACAUUAGGAUAAUUAAUACUUCACUAUCGGUAACCAUUCCACCUAUGUUAAAUCCCAUCAUUUAUGUCUUGAACACAAAGGAAUUCAGAGGCUUUAUAAUGAAGAUGCUUAAAAAGAAAAACACCACAAUUCCCCUAGAAAAGUGA